AUGGAUUCUAGAGAAGAAUCAACAUCAGCUGUAAGUCGUAACAAAUGUGAUCGUGAAAGUGAUAAAACCAACAGUUGUAGUAGCACAUCAAAACAACGAGGGCAAGGUGACUGUGAUGAAAAUGUGUUUACAUCAAUGUCACAUGAAACCGAUGUUUGUUAUAACUCACAAAACGGAUCUAAAGGUAGAAGUACGACCUCAGUGAGUAAUGAAUUAAAUGAGACAUCAAAUAGACUGCCCUCUAUUACAGAACAACAUAGAAAUAAAGACACACAAAUGACAAAUAACAUCAAUAACACUACCGCAAAUCUCGAAUCUACAAGUUGCACCGCUUCAGAUACAAAUUCUCGUGAUAAUCCCUUAGAACCCAAUCAGGAUAAACAAACGUGUCAAAAACAUAAAGUAUGUUUGGGCAGUGCAGGGACUUCUUACAAUUUUAAUGCACCAUCUACUAGUGGUGCAUCUUCAAGCAAAGUUUUAGAGAACUUGCCAGAUACUUUUGAUUUAAGAGAAAAUAAGAAAAGGCCAUCUACCUUAAAAUUAAAUAAACCUAAUUUAGAUGCUGAUGAAAGCUCUAGUGAUACUGGCAAUGAUGACUAUUCUUUAGGCUCCGAAGAUGGCUGUAUAUAUACAUACCGAGGUGGUGAACACUUAGCAGAUUUGCCGAGUUCCUUCUAUAGUUUAGAUAUGGGUUUACCUCUUGAUAAGCACCUACCGAUGCCACCAAAUUAUCAAGCCCCAGCUGCCAAUGUUAGAGAACAAGCUUCAAGAGCAUCAAGUCCGGAUAUGGACUUUCUAGAAAUGGAUUUUGAUCCAGGGCCUUCAUGUGAGGUGGAUACUGGAGAUGAAUCAACUCCCGAUGAGGAUUUAGAGUGUGCUAAUAUGCCAGAAGAGAAUGAGCCUGUAAUUAGAGGCACAUCUCCUGAAUAUUUGCCAGCUGCAGUGCCAAUAGUUGUUGCUUGUAGCUCGACACAAUCUCAGCCAUCGGAAGUACAAAUUCAUUAUUGUAAUGUGCCAUCUACGAGUCAAGGAGUAGAAAUGCCACAGAGUAUACCAGAUAAUACCAGAUCAGUUCAAACUUUUGGACCGUUUAUCACUCAUAUAAAUGCGAGAGGGGAACAUUUGUUGGUACGUCGGACAAUGUCACAUUCUAACACAACUCAUCCUGUCACUGUACAUAUUUCGAGCGGUGACUUAAUAUCACCGAGAGAAAUUUUGAAUUAUGAAGAAGAACAAGCCGAAGCGCCCUUUGCUCAUCAAAUCAAUCAAGGGGAGAGGCCGGCGUUUGAAUCAUCAAAUCUAUCAUCUGUCUUAUACCAUCUCAACAUGGCCAAGAAACUUAUGAAAGAUAAAAUUAAGUUAGAUAUCGAAAGUCAAGAUGCUGCUAGUUCGGAGGUUGAUAAGCCAUCAAAUACAUCAGAAUGCAGUAUCGCAUGUGUCGAAGUACCUAGAUGUAUGGUGUGGUCUGAACGAGAGGCCUGCGAGCGGCAAGUCCCACAAAUAGCGACCAGUGCUUGUGGGGCGACGGCCGUCGUUAAUGUAUUUAUAGCGUUGGGUGUCCCCGUUAAUUUAGAGAGGAUUAAUUCAUCCAUAGGAACCAGACUUAGAGCAUAUUAUGCACCAAUACCAAGGUAUCUAUUGUCUCGAUCAGUCGCCGGUUGCACGGCCGCGGAUCUCGUGAGGUGUUUGCAGCGUGCGUCUGAUGGUCUUCUCACAGCGAGGUUUUUCCCUACUUACCCUGAACGAGCCGUGUCUCUUAGUCAUUGGCUUGCUGAUUGGAUAUCACUUGGUGCAGUACCAAUACUAACGAUGAACAUGCAGGUCGGCUGCGAGGGUGAAAUACCGGACUCUUGGCAUCACCAAAUGAUAUUCGGAGUGUCUUCACAGGGUGUUUAUCUGACGAAUCCCUUGGAAUGUCUCCGUGAAUCUGUUCUAUGGCCUCGUUUGACAUCACCCUCUGUACUCCUCGUACGGAGUCGCGACGUGCUCGCCAGAUUCACACCAGACACUGAUUUAACGCCACUCAUGUUCGUGCCCGACAGACGUUUUCAUACAUUCAAUGUAUUAGGUCAAGUCGCCAACGUAAUACGUGAGUGGAGAUCUACAGGGUGGUCUGAACAGGGUACACGUACACGUCACGUCCGUAUACCCGCGUCAUACCAGGCGGGAGUCACUAUCGCCGUGUUAACUGGGUCAGAAGCUCACAGGCGACUUGUACACGCGUCACAAUUACCGCUUCUAGCACCGGACGAUACAUUGUGA